AGAUACCUGUGUGCCGUUGACAGUGGUGGCCGGAUAGGAUAAAAAACAGAAAAAGAAGAAAUUCAAGAUGAUAAGCCAAGGUGUGUCGAAGUCCAGCGCAACAGUAAGAGCGAUUUUGGUGCUUUUCGUAAUCGUUUGCCUCGUUAAUUGUGCAACAGAGCAGAGAAUUAACAGUAGAGGUAGCAAGGCAUCGAAUCUUAUUCAGAAAGUCAACGGGUGGCGCAGCCAACGCGGAGGUUCCUGUUUGAGCUAUGGACACUCUUGCUGGGGAGCCCAUGGGAAGCGCUCAGGCAAGGCCCCGGCUUCCGCUCCUGACUGGUACAUCACUAGAAUCCUGCGUCGCAUGGCAGCUAAUAGCGAACUGACUCGUGCCCAAAAUCUUGACGGUCCGAACGAAAACGACAUCUACCGGGUGGAAGAUGAUGUUCCCUCAUCUAACCAGUUUGUGAGCGAAUCUGAAGAGGGACCCAUUGUUGUUGCUACAAGAGGCGCUGAAGCUAAACCUAUGCUGGAUGACGACAUGCUGUCCAGAAUAAAGAUUUGGCAAAUCAUGAGAGCCGCAGCCGUGGAGAAAUGAACUAUCAAACUGGACUGACCCUUAAUUUAACCGAAACAUAACCACUUUCGUUUAAUACUCCACGAUAUAGUCAAUACAAGGCUGGGUUGUCAUUGACUUUGUAAUAUAUAGAAUAAGUACGUUUAAUAAAUAUUUACCGUUGAAACUUGGUUAUUUAAUGUUUACAUAAAUUUUUAAUCAUGUUUGUCAAAAACAUGGACAUUAAUUAUUCAAUGAUUUUUUUUUUUGUAUUUGUCUAAUAAUAUGAAUAUCAUAACGUAAUAUAAAAUCAUUAUGAUACUUAAAUAUUAUUAUAUUCAAUAAAAAAAACCCUGUCAGUUUUGAAUGUUUAUUUUUCUUUAUUAAUAUUUUAAAUUCUCUCUUCCUAGAGUGGCAAAGGUAUUACACCAUACAGCUGCUUUAAUAAUUACAAGUGUUUGUUAUUUACUUUUUAUUGACUGUCAUACAAUAUAUUAUAUCCAAAAUGUACUUUAAAUACUUUUUCUAUUACAUCAUCGUAUACGAAAAUUUAAAAUUAAUAUAUACACUUUGGCUCAAUGUAUGAUUCUUUAACUUCAUUUUAGAAAAUAAAUUAGAAAAAAAAUUGUACUACCAUGUGAUGUAUGCAUUUAUGUUUCAUUGUUGGUGUUGAUAAUAAUUAAAAGCCUCUAAUAUAUAAGGCAUA